AUGUCUGGUCUACUGACUGCACUAGUAGCCUGCCUUAGCCUGGCAGCGUUUGCUGAGGCGAAAACUCCAAGUUGCCGCCGCGAAGAUGUUCCUACCAUUGACGUCUUCGGCCUCCAGGUGAUUGAUGUCCAGGCCAAGGAGGUGCGCAACUACACCACAUGGAUGUCGAUACCUGGUCUAACCGCCGUUGCACCACCCGGGCCAAUAGACUUCUGCAACAUCACCGUGACCUACACCCACCCCGGUCUCCAUGAUACGGUCAACAACUACAUCUGGCUGCCGCUUGAGAACUGGAAUGGUCGAUUUCUAGCUCAGGGUGGCGCCGGCCUCGCAGCAGGCGCUGACGGUUGGCUCGCCCCUAAUGUUGCUAGCGGGUUUGUUUCCGCGAACACAGACGGAGGACAUUCCAUCUUCGGCGACAUUCAGAAGGUCGGUGGCGAUGCUGCGUGGUGGGCUCUGCCAAGCCCUGGAAACGUGGAUUGGAACUUACUACAAGACUUUGCAUCUCGUUCCCUAGAUGAGCUACCGAAGAUCUCGAAGCAGGUCAUUGCAGGGUUCUAUGGGAAGCCUGCGGACAAGUCGUACUGGAAUGGGUGCUCCACAGGUGGACGGCAAGGACUCAUGGCCGCUCAACGAUAUCCUGACAACUAUGAUGGCAUCCUUGCCGCAGCCCCGGCAAUCAAUUGGGCAAACUUCGUGCCAGCCGGAAUGUGGCCGCAGAUUGUGAUGCACAAGCUUGACUACUACCCAUCAGCAUGCGAACUCGAGGCUAUCCGGCGUGCAGCCAUUGAUAGCUGUGAUGCGCUCGACGGCUUACAAGACGGUGUGAUCGCGGCGCCCGCGCUCUGCAAGUACGACGCCGAGGCAGCAGUUGGUGAGCCGUUCGAAUGCGGAAACGUCACUGGCAAGGUAACCACUGAAGCCGCCGCCAUCGCAAAUGCGGCUUGGGCCGGACCUGUACGCGAUGGGAAGCGCGAGUGGUAUGGCGUUACGCAUGAGAGCCUCCUUGGUUUUUCGGGAGUGCCGGGUAUGGCUGGCUUGGUCAUGACAGAGUGCGACGAUGAGGUGAAGCGCAUCAAUUGCAGAGGCAAACCGUUCAUCGUCGGUCAGAGCUACGUCCGCGACUUGCUGUUCAAAGACGCGGAGUAUGACACUAGUCACAUGGGCGAAGACGACUUUUGGAAGGCUCUACGCAUAUCAAGGAACGAGAUGAUGUCUAUCAUUGAUACGUCUGACCCCGACCUAUCCGAGUUUAGGAAGUCCGGGGCCAAGAUGAUUACGUGGCAUGGCCUGGGUGAUCAACUGAUUCCGUCUGAUGGUACCUUGGACUACUAUCAGCGUGUACUCGCACUGGAUUCGAACGCGCAAGACUACUAUCGCUACUUCGAGGCGCCGGGUGUGGGACACUGCAUGGGCGGUGUUGGAGCGGCGCCCAGUCAGCCGCUCGAUGUGCUCAUCAAAUGGGUCGAGGAAGGCAUCGCGCCCGAAACGCUGAGCGCAGCCAGUCUGCCAGUCAAUGGCAAAGCGGAAUCGGCACGGCAUCGCAUUCUGUGUCCCUACCCUCUGGUGGCUGCGUAUACUGGCGGCAAUCCGAACGAUGCUGCCUCAUUCACAUGCGCUGAGUCUUUCGAUGCUACGAAAGGGCAUGACGAGCUAUGA